GAGAGAGAGAGAGGUCUGACACAGUCCUCCCCUACGUGCUUGAUACAUUGCGUGGUGUUGUGUUGCAAAGCGUUGACAUUGAAAGUAUCCCGCGAUAAGUGGUGCCGCCGUCGCCGUCGCUGUCGCCGUCAUUGUCGCCGCCGCCGUCGUUGCCGUGCGUUUGCCCGAUGCUGAAAUGAAGCAGAAGCGCGUAAUGUAUGGCGACGCGCAGAAACUGUGCGAGAGACAAACGCAAUCGGCCCCAUACGGGCCCUGCCUCACGUCGGACUAAUGAUCAAUGGCUUUAUUCGAGAAGAGAUACACGAAUAAAGUGCUGUUAGAUGAUACGGAGCAGCUGACGAGCGUCAUCGAAAAUGCUAGGACCAUCGACGGACAUACGGAAUACGUAAUCAAAACACAAAGAGGUCCACUUCCCGAAAGAUCUUGGAGAGUAAGCAGACGUUACAAUGAUUUCGUACAACUCAAUACAGCUUUAUCCAUAUCUGGCUUCGACCUGCCACUACCACCAAAAAGGAUUAUUGGUAACAUGGAGCCAGACUUUAUAGCUCAGCGACAAAUAGCACUGCAGAAUUAUUUAAACAUAAUACUAAUGAAUCCUAUACUGGCAUCUUCACUUUCCACAAAGAAGUUUUUAGACCCUGAGAAUUAUACUGCACCAUUACAUGAAAUUGCACUACAACAAGUAUCAUUAGCAUUACGAAGCGAUGCCAAUUUCGAAGUAUGCAAGCCCAUUCCUGAUAUGGGAUGGCGAUUGAGGAAACAUUACUAUACGGUGAAAAAUCGUCAAAACCCGAAACAAGAACUUCUACUAGCUUGGGUUGAAUUUGGCCCUGAUAAGCAUUUACAAGAUAAAGAUAUACAAGGGGUUUUUAAGACCCUAGGCUCUCUACGACAUACUUACAUCGAAUCAAUAGUACACCAGCAUGUUACAGACAACGGGGCACUAAUGAUAAGAAAUUUUUAUUCGGCGGGCACAUUGCGUGACGUUUUAUGUAUCACCAAGCCUAAACAGCCAUUUAUAAAAAAAUAUGGAAAUCCGAAACAAAUAAAAGCAUUAACAAUACAAGAAAUUGCCACGUACGGUUAUCAGAUAUUAGAAGCUUUAGGAUUUCUUCAUGAAAAAGGAUUACCUUACGGUCAUUUACACACUGGCAAUGUCCUUUUAACACCAAGAUGCGCUAAAUUAUUGGAUAUAGAAAAUGGACUCCUAGGAUUACCGGCAUUUUAUCGGCCUUACGUGGUGCAAAGGCGUAAAUUGCACGCCACGACUCAGGUUGAUGUAUAUUCAUUUGGACAUGUUUUAUAUGAAAUGACGUUCGGACGACCGCUUUUGGAGGCAACGUGUUCCGAUUUACCACAGUGCGAAGCAAAUUUAAAAAAUUUGUUGGAGGUCAUCUUGUCACCGGAAGCUUUGAAACAGGAUCUACCAACAGUAGUACAGCUAUUGGAACAUCCAUUCUUCGAAUCAGCGAGGCGCGCUACACUGGCAAUUGGUACUGUGGAGAAGCCAUACUUUAAACUGAGCAAUCAUUUAAAGGAGGCUUUACAAGAAGCUGUAAACAAAGCUGAACAACGAUUGCGCGAUGAACAGAAAGUUGCUCGACAUCAAAAGAGGCUUGUUAAAGUUCAAGAAAUGAUGAGUUCAGAAGAAGAAAUGAAGAAACGAAAACAUAAACUUAAAAAGGAGCAGAAAUUGGCGCAAGAACAACGUUUUUCCUCGCAACUAGGUACAAACGGAACAAAGCAAAUAAAUGGUAAGAGCCCAGAACGUUCGGACAGUCCCACAAGUACUUCCACGGCUACCAGCGUUGGAACAUUAACUCCUCCAUCGCUUCGUUCUGUGGAAGUUACGCAAACAAGCGCAGUUCCUGGUAAAGGUAUUCCACCACCACCACCACCACCUUCGUUACCGCCAUGUGAAGCAUCCGGUGGUGCAUCAAAUAGUGUAUCAAAAUCAUCAAAUGAUCGUGCUGCUUUACUUGGAAGUAUUUGCAAUUUUGACAAGACGAGACUGCGAAGGAUUACAAAUGGACAUCGUUAACAGAAACAUUAGAUAUAUAAAAGAAAAAGUCAGAUAAAUCUAAUUCAAAUCUAGCGUGACUGCUGUGCAAUGUCGAACAAAGAACUUCCCUUGCUUAAUUAGGACAAGAUAACGUACCUGUAGAUUAUUAUGAUGGAUUGAAAGGUUGUUUGGAUGAUAAUUGUAUCGUGCUUCUUGCACUGAAUAAUAAUAGCACUGAAUUUUAUUUUUUUUCGAUCGCGACACUUG